AUGAAAUGCCUUGAAGGACCAGGCAAGCCCUGUAGCCCCCUGACUGCUGAGGAGGAGCUGGUGCCUACCUCCCAAAUGAAGAAGAAGAAAGAGAAUGAGGAGGAAGUGAGGAAGGAAGAUGGGGAUCAGGAUUGGGCCCCAGGCCAGGAGGAGGAAGAGAAUAACCUUGGGGAUCCAGCUAUGCUCAGUGCUGUCUACAAUAGCCAGAAAGGGCUUCUUGGCUCCUCUAGAAUCAAGGCCCCUGGUGUGCUGGGGAUGUCGUCUGCCUCCUUGCAUUUCCUAUGGCAGACCUUGGACUACCCAUUACCAAUCUCUUUCUAGCCUGCGCUUCCCAAUGCCAGCUCUCCAGCACGGCACUUCGGACCACGACUGCCUUCACCAGACCCAUCUCUCUUCUACAGCCCACCGACCUCGUGCUCUCUUAGGUUCAGUCACCUGACCCAGCUUCAUCCUUGGCACCAACGGAUCUUACAGCAGCAGCAGCACCAAAUGCUGAGUCCUCCUGCCAAGAAGCCUUGGUCUCAGCAGCCAGACCUCUAUACUAACCUCAUGACUGGAAAAGAGAAGGAUUGGGUGAUAAAAGUACAAAUGGUUCAACUGCAGAGUGAGACUCCAUGCUUGGAUGACUAUUACUAUCAGGAAUACUAUCAGAAGCUAGAGAAGAAGCAAGCAGAUGAAGAGCAACUUGGGCCAAGGAGCAGGGUUGAAUCUCUCAAGCUAGUAACUCCUUACAUUCAGAAGGCAGAGGCUUAUGAGUCAGUGGUUCGAUUUGAGGGUUCCCUGGGCCAGGUAGCCAUAUCGACAUGCUUUAGCCCUCGCCGAGCUAUAGAUGCUGUGCCCCAUGGCACACAAGAGCAGGAUACGGGGGCCACAAACAGUCAGAGGCUUUGGGUAUUAUAUCGGAUUGAGAAGAUGUUCCUUCAGUUACUAGAGAUCGAGAAGGGCCAGAAAGAUGGGUCUUCACAGCUCUGGUCCUCUGAGCAGCAGUGUGCCCAGGCUGAGAAACUCUUCCAAGCCUUGAUGACCCAGGAGCAGAAUAAUCUGGAGGAGACAGCAGAUGGUUUCCUGCAGGUGCUCUCUGUGAGGAAGGGGAAAGCCCUGGUGGCUCGGCUGCUCCCCUUCCUCCCGCAUGAUCAGGCGGUUAGCCUUCUUCUGUCAAUCACCCACAAUCUGCCCUUCCUGGUCCAGGGAGAUGUGGCAGACCAGGCCCUGCAAAUGUUAUUCAAACCUCUGGGCAAAUGUAUCAGUCACCUGACCUUCCAUGAACUCCUGCAAGGACUUCAGGGACUCAUGCUGCUAUCAACUACCUCAGAGAGGCGGGUCACUGUGGUGCUUCAGAAUCAGUUUGGAAUAUCUUUGCUCUAUGCCCUGCUGAGUCAUGGGGAGCAGCUGGCAUCUCUGGAUUCUUCCCUACAGGAACCUAACAGAGACCAUACAGCUUGGACAAACAUGGUGGUUUUGAUUGCCUGGGAGAUAGCUCAAACACCCACUUCCUCUCUGGCAGAACCCCUAGUCUUCCCCAGCAACCUUCUCUCCCUGUUCUGUCACCACGUGGACAAACAAUUGGUAGAACAGCUGGAAGCCAGGAUGGAGUAA